AUGUCCUUUCCCGAGAAUGCUACUUUUCUUUCCCGCAACCUCAAGCUUGCGGCUCAUCUCUACCACCCAACCCCCAACUCGCCAAAUCGCUCUGGUGCUGCCGUCAUCAUCUGCCACCCAUGGACCUCAAUUAAAGAAAGACCCCGGCCAACGCGUCAGGACAUUAAAUGCGCCGUGACCUACCUGAUCAGCCGCAAGGAUGUCAACAGCGACAAGAUCGGUGUGCUGGGUAUCUGCGCUUCGGGCGGUUACGCUCCCUUCGCUGCGCAAACUGACCGCCGUAUCAAGGCAGUCGCCACCUCGGCCGCAGUCUGCGUCGGCACGAUGGCCCGCAGAGGAUUCGACCAGGACUCAUCCAUCAUGGAUAUCCUCCAGACCCAGCUUGAAGCGGCCGGGAAGGACCGCAACAGUGACGUCGGCGGCGAGAAGGUCUCCAUCUUCCCCGAGUCCUUCCGUGAUCUGAUGAUGUACUACCGCACACCGCGGGCACACCACCCGCGGGCGACCAACGCUUGUCUGCCGCGAAGCUGGGAUAUCAUGGCCAACUUUGAUGCGUUUGCCCACAACUACUUGAUUAGUCCGAGGCCCUUGUUGAUGAUUACUGGGCCCAAAGCGGCCACCAUGUGGUACAGUGAGGAGGGUGUACAGAAUGCCAGGGAUCCAAAGGAACUGUUUGUCGUGGAUGGGCUCACACAUGCGGAUUUGUAUGACCAGGUUGAUGAAGCCGGAGCCAAGCUGGCCGAGUUCUUCGGGAAAAGCCUGGCUUGA